AUGUUGGGGCGGAUUUAUCCGCUGGUAGUGUUACUGGUAUCCGCUGAUGUUGUUAUGAAAGCAUCAUGCGCGGAGAAAGGGAGUUUAACCUUUGUAAUAGAUGAUACUCUUUCGAUGACUGAUGACAUAAAUCAAGUCAAAAGCAGCGUGAACCGGAUCAUGGAUAUUGUGUUCAAUGAGAAGGCCAGCGUGAUCAGCAAUAUGGUGCUUGUCACAUUCAACGACCCAGAUGCAAAGUUGUGGACAGCGACCACCAAUCGUAACGAAUUCAACAGAGCAUUGGGGGCGGUUUAUGUUCAUAAUUAUCAUAACAGCGACUGUCGAGAACCAUCCAUAAAUGGAAUAAUUUUAGCUUUGAAUAAAAGCAAUCGAGGCUCCCACAUAUACGUGUUCACCGAUGCAUCAGCCAAAGAUUAUCAGAAUGCUCACAUUGUCAAAGAACUGUGUCAGAAAAAGCAAGCUCAGAUCUCCUUUGUGAUUACCGGAAGAUGUACCUGGCACUAUCCAGAUGAAAUUAUGCAUAUAUAUUAUGACAUAGCCCAGGCGUGUUCAGGCCUGGCAUAUGAAGUAAACAAAAAUGCAGUUUCAGAGGUACUCAAACCAAUAACUGACAUUAUAAGUGGUGAAAAAAUUAUAAUUACUUCGACGACUGUGCCAGCUGGUGUUUUAAAAGAUAUCCCGUUCGACGUUGAUGACCAAACUGAAUACGUCAUUGUUUCUGUGUCGGGUAAGGACGUGUAUCUAAAAUUAUCUGGACCUGCUGGCAAACAGGAGAACCUAAUGUGGAAUGCCAAUGGGAAAGUGGUGAAGUUGGUUAACGUAACGCCUGGCAGAUAUACCGCUACCGUGAAAGGUACCUCAGAGACAUCCGUCGUCAUAGUGGGCAGGUCUGAUUUCCUCUUCAAACAUGGUUUCUCGGAGCUGAAGCCCAAGUCACUUAAGGACACGUCUCUCCAACCAAUAGCCAAUACAAAUGUCCACUUAUCAGUAUUAGUUACUGAUGAACGCCAAUCAGUGGAAAUCACAAAGGCCCAGAUCUUAGGAAUGGAUGAAAAACCGAUCAGGCCAGAUAUUCCUUUGACCAAAAUUUCUAAAGAUUUUUACGUCACUCCAGCUUUGGUGACACCGACACAAAGGUUCAAAGUAGCGGUGAUUGGGAGAGUGAAAGCAACGGGUCGCAUUAUAAAGCGUAUCGCGAAGAUUCCUAUUACUCCUCAGGAGCCACCGAUAAAAUUACCGGACAAACAAGUACCCAGAGCGGUGAUAUCUGAGGGCAGAGAAACAACUGUAGAAUACAAUAGUUCCAUGAAAUUAACAUGCAAAGUGACCGCAUUCCCCAAGCCUAAAAUAUCUUGGUAUAACAAACAGGGACAACUAAUUAGUUCUAAAAGUUCUAUGAUUGAAUACCCGUAUGACUACAUUAGUUACCUGGAGAUGCCUGUCGCAAAAGAAGAUAAAUAUAUAUGCAGCGCAGUAAAUGAUGUGGGAACCAAUACAGCUUCAAUUAAAGUCAAUGUUAAAGACGCUUUCUCUGUAGUUAAUGUUCGACCAAGUGUGAAUAUGGAAUACGGCAAGCCGGGAAUCCUAAAAUGUGACAUCAAAUCGCGGUUUCCUAUGAACAUCCAUUGGUACUAUAUGAAUGAAAUGACUGGAGCGAAGAAAGAAGUAGUCAAUUCUAACGAAUACUCAAUAUCAGCAGACAAAACUGGAUUAACAAUAAAAAAAGUGGAUAUGAAUUCAGUUGGAAAGUAUGUCUGCCAAGCUUAUCUGGUAAACGAUAGAAAUGUUAAAAAGGAAUUGACCCAACGAGUUCAAGUGACAGGAGUGGCUCCACCGAAAAUACAAAUGCCAGCUAACGUAAAAGCAGUCAAGGGUAAGGCUGUCGUCUUAGAAUGCAAAGUAAGUGGUGUACCAAUACCGACCAUUAAAUGGCAGUUUAGAGGCAAAUCUGGACCCAAGUUUGAGCCACUGGCUGAGACUAGAAGCGUGUUACGUAUUAAUAGUGUAGAAGCCAAACACGAGGGUCAGUACAAGUGUGUGGCAGAAAACGCAUUAACUAAAGAUGAGAAGGUUACAACAUUAAUUGUUCAAGAAAUACCAAGGAUGAUAACUAGUUCAUCUACUACGUAUCAAAGUACUGAAGGAGACGCUACUUUGAAGAUACCAUGCGUCGCCGUUGGAGACCCAAAACCAAGCAUCUCCUGGAAAAUGGACGGUCGGCCCAUUGCAGUGCCAAGUGCCAAGUAUGUGGUAGAAGACGGAGCACUUGUAAUAAGAAAUCCGACAGUAGCAGAUACUAAGUCGUACGAAUGUGUAGCUACUAAUGAGGCCGGCUCAGUAAGCACAACUUUCAAAGCGUUCAUACGACAGAAACCACAAGUUGUAGGUGUUGCUACUAAGAAGGUUAACCUCGGAAUGGCCGUUGAUAUAGAAUGCAGGGUUGUCAAGGGUUGGCCGAAACCAAACAUAAGAUGGUUCGUGGAUAACUCUGGAAAACAAUUCGUGCCAAUCGCCGGAUCGUCAGAUGUGAUGCACAUUGCGAAGGCAGAAAACAAACACACAGGUCGCUACAAGUGCGUGGUACAGAACGAAGCUGGAACGGUCGAACACGUCACUAGUCUUACUGUGGAAUCAAGACCAAAUAUCGUGACUAAAUCUAAAUCAGUGGAAGCCAUAGAAGGUGAUAUAGCAAUAAAGAUACCUUGCGAUGUCGUAGGCGUUCCACGACCCACGAUCACAUGGAAACUAAAAGGAGCUAUCAUCACACCCAAUGCAAAAUACUCGUUUGACAAUGGAUCGUUGGUUAUCCUGAACCCGAGUAAAAUUGAUGUUGGAAAAUACACAUGUGAAGCUAAAAACUAUCUUGGGUCAGUCAGCAGCACGACCGACCUAACACUUGAAAAGAGCCCCAGCACCUUCGGAACAACACAUUUCGUGUACUUAUUAUAUGGUGAAAAUAGGAAUAUCGAAUGUGAAGCGUAUCGUUCUAAAUCUCAAUCAAUUAAAUGGUUUGACAAUGUGGGAGAGUUGAAAAAGAAAUCCAUUCAAAUAACUAAAGCAACGGUUUCAAAUGACGGCAACUACACAUGUCAUGUGAGUGACAAGCAGGGACACACGGAAACACACACAUACGUUGUUGAUGUGGGCGGCCCACCCAAACUAUUGGGAGAUAAUCCCCUUAAUGAUUGGCGUGGCGAAGUACAAGAAAUCCGAUCCAACUGCGAUAGCGACGCAAAACCACAAGCUAAAGUUCAAUGGAAAUAUAAUGGUAAAGUGAUACCCGAUAGUGAUGUGCAAGAUAUAGGUGUCAUCUACAAAUGGGGUCAUUAUACUUGCAACGUAUCUAAUCCACACGGCUCCGUAUUGAAAGAUUUUGACGUAAAGUCUUCUGUAUGUUUGAUACCCAAAAACUUGAAAGAUAUCGAGUAUAUGCCGCUCAUACUUGACGACAAAGGCGCUUGGCCUACAUGGGAGACAUCAAAAUAUUUUUCAGUAGUAGAACAAGAAGAAAAAAUUACGCUGUCAUGUCCAAACCGCAAAGAUGCUUCAAAUUCCUUCAAAAAGUUCCCAUCGAAGACCGUAUUAAAAGCGUAUUGUGACAAAGAAGACGUAUUCAUAGUGGACGGAAAAAGGGCUAAACUUUCUGAUCUGCAAUGUACGCAAGGAAUUCAACCCACCGUUGCCAAAAAGAACGUUAAAUGCUUGACAGGCAACUCGGAAUUAAUAAAAGUAGGAUACAAUACUGGUAGUUUCUUGGAAACUUAUGAAGUCUGUUUUGAUAACACAGGGCGUAUGCCUCGAUACAUUCGCAACAUCGUAACGGCAAAGAAUGAUAAGCUCAGUUCCACUUAUGCCUGGCACACCUACCCUGGUAUUGAGAACAGUCACAAUGAGAACGCUUUUACUUGUAAAAACAAGCUGUCAUCUUGCUGUUACGCAAAAUCUCAGCUGGUAGAGGCAAAAGACUUUAAAUAUGCUGCUGAGAUGAACACCACAUUUAUCGAUCCUUUGAAUGUAGUUCCAGCCUGGCGCCCUUGUAAUGCUUCUCAGACGUCGUGGGAAUCUAUUAAUAAAAUGGUAAGAGAGCAGACAUUCUACGACGAAUUUGUCGUCUGGUCUGGAACUGACACGUGGCAAAAGAAGGAUAGAGCGGUUAUACCGCGAUAUUUAUGGAAGGUAAUUCGUUUCGAUGACGAUGAAGUUUUUGCUAUCAUCCACGUCAACGAUCGUGCACCAACAGACUCAGAUAUUAAAUGUAAAAACGUCUGUAACAGUGAGGAUGAACCAUGGUUCAAAGUUAGUGAUAAGUACACGUACUGCUGUUCACUGUCAGAUUUCUUAAAGGCGUUUGAUUACCACGACGCUAGCAUUGGAGUACCACUUAGCGAUGCAGAAUAA